UCUGACUCUAGACAAGUAACCAAACAUGCAGAACGAGGCCGGCCAGUCGAUCGACAUCUACAUCCCGCGCAAGUGCUCGUGGACCAACCGCAUCCUCGCGGCCAAGGACCACGCCUCUGUGCAGAUCAACGUCGGCCGCGUGAACGCCAACGGCGUCUUCACGGGCGAGUCGGACACCUACGCUCUGGCUGGCUACAUCCGCCACCACGGCGAGGGCGACCAGGCCAUCACGGAGCUGGCCCGCCAGACGGACGCCAAGAACUAAGCGGACCAAGUCGUCAUGAUCGCGCGAGCGGUCGUCAACGUCUAGCAGCCAACGUUCAGAGAGCUGGAGCUUGAUGAAAGUCGUCUUCUGUCGAGGAAGGCGCGCUUGCAAGCCCCAGCAGGGACGGCGGCCAGCGUCGCUUUUGGAGUCGGUUACUUGCGGGUUCGACCUCGCCUUCGCCUUGGUCGGUCGUAGUCUCACUAUUUAACUCUGGUCAACGAACGAGCAAGAACAAAGCAGUUCAACCCCGUC